CAAGUCGGCUUUCCGAGCGAGUGGUUCUUGGGCGGCACAUUGGAAAUAAAAGAAAAUUUAAAAAAAUGGCCAAGGACAAUCUGACGGCAGUGCUAUAUGGCAUUGAGGAUAUGCGUUUGGAACAACGUCCUAUACCGGAAAUAGCCGAUGAUGAGGUUCUCCUGGCCAUGGACUGUGUCGGCAUUUGCGGCUCUGAUGUCCACUAUUUGCAGCACGGACGUAUUGGCGAUUUUGUGCUCACCAAGCCCAUGGUAAUUGGCCACGAGUCCGCCGGAGUGGUGACCAAGCUGGGAAAGAAAGUUACAAACCUGAAGGUGGGCGAUCGUGUGGCCAUCGAACCGGGUGUACCUUGCCGUUAUUGUGACCACUGCAAGGGUGGCCAGUACAACCUGUGCCCAGGCAUGGUCUUCUGCGCCACACCCCCCUACGACGGCAACCUUACCCGCUACUACAAGCACGCGGCAGACUUCUGCUUCAAGCUCCCCGAUCACGUUUCCAUGGAGGAGGGCGCCCUGCUGGAGCCCCUGUCAGUGGGAGUGCACGCCUGCAAGCGAGCGGGCGUGACCCUGGGCUCCAAGGUGCUCAUCCUGGGAGCGGGACCCAUUGGCUUGGUCACUCUGCUGGCUGCUCAAUCCAUGGGUGCCUCUGAGAUCCUGAUUACUGAUCUGCUACAGCAGCGUCUGGAUGUGGCCAAGGAGCUGGGCGCCACCCACACGCUCCUGCUGAACCGUGACCAAACCGCCGAGGAGACGGCCAAGCUUGUCCGCAAGACAAUGAGUGGCGAGCCGGACAAGUCAAUCGAUUGCUGUGGUGCGGAGAGCAGUGCUCGAUUGGCCAUCUUUGCCACUCGUUCCGGCGGAGUCGUGGUGGUGGUGGGCAUGGGAGCCGCUGAAGUCAAGCUGCCUCUGAUCAAUGCCCUCGCCCGAGAAGUGGAUGUCCGAGGAGUGUUCCGCUACUGCAACGACUACGCUUCUGCAUUGGCCUUGGUGGCCUCUGGAAAGGUGAAUGUAAAGCGGCUGGUAACCCACCAUUUCGACAUCAAGGAGACGGACAAGGCCUUCGAAACCUCGCGAAAGGGAUUGGGAGGAGCCAUCAAAGUGAUGAUCCAUGUGCAGCCCAGAAACACCAACAAUCGUGUCAAAUUUUGAAUAGCUCCUCUAUUUAAUGUAACAAAUACAGCCUCGAAAACACAGUA